AUGACAGAGGGCGACCCUCUGCUCCACCUCCUUCACACGGAGCCGUGCUUUGAGGCUGUGCUAUCCCGUCGAGCGGACGAGCCGUUCGACGACGACCGCGAGCACCUGCUUGCCGCCGAGCUCCACUUCACGCUGCAGAGCCUGUACGUGCAGGCGCUAAGCAGUCUGCGCACACAGGUCGUAGGUUGCGGCCGCAGCCCGCCGCACAAGGAGAAAUCGCCGGCGGCGGCGGCUUCGCCGGAGUGCACUCCCGGCGAGACCGCCGCACGCGUUGCGGCGAUCAAGGAGAUGCAGCGAUCGCACGCCGCCACAUGCGUUGCGCGGCUGGAGCUCACAUCGCCACCGCCUCGCGUGCUGUCGGUGGCGGCCGCAUACGCGCUCAGCGAGAAGGAGGCCGUCGCGCUGACUCUGCUCGUGUUGCAACGCAGCCACCGCACCGCUCUCUUCAGCGGCUGCCUCGGGUCGGACAGCUUCGAGGCCGACCAGGCGCUGCUUCCGGCGCUGCUCUGCGACGCCAGCUCCCUCGAACUCGCCGCCUUUUACGACGAGGAGCGGCCACACAUCAAGGAGGGCAUCAUUCACGUCGACGAGGACUACUCCUCCCGCCAGACCGCCUCGCUCUCCUUCGAGGCGUGCGACGCCAUCGUCAACGGUCUGCGCGCAGAGGCGAGGCCGGACUCGUACCGGCGGCCGUACCUCGUGCCCGGCAGUACGGGCGGCGUCGAGGGCGAGGCUGCGGCGGCCAGGACCCGAGCCGAGGCCAAGCGGGUGGCCGCGCUCUCCGCCGAGGGCAGGUCUCGCGCCUCGAGCCCUCAGCCGAGUGCUGCCCUACAGGAGCUGGAGUACCUCGACGACCAGUUCGCCACGCUCGUGCAGCGCAUCCAGGUGGCGGCGGAGGUGCAGAAGCGACGCGUCAAGCAGGCCGAGGUCGACGACACCCCCGCGCCGUGGGAGGGCAAGAGCAAGAAGGCGAAGCUGCGCAUCAGCGAGGCGCGGAUCAGCGCACGGCUCGCGUGCGCGGGCAAGCUCGGUGUGCCGCGACUCGAGGCGCUCUGCGCGAGCCUGCAGCUCGACGGCUUUGAGAAGAGUGUGCUGCUCAUCACGUGCGGCUACACCAUCUCGCCGGUCGUCAAGCAGUUGCUGGCUCAGACCUCUGGCUCGCACGCGUACGACAGCGACCGGCUCUCCGUCGGCCGCAUCCUGCAGGUCUUCACGAUGUCGUUCCACGAGCAGGCGCGCUCUACGGAGCGCGUGCUCAUGGCCACCACACGCCUUCGCCACGCGCUCCUUGCCUCUUGCGCGCAGGUCUCGAAGCGGGUCUACUUUUACAAGAGCGCGAGGCUGGUGAAGAAGGGGCUGAUCCGCCUGAACAACGACCGCUACCAAAGCCGCGACGACCUGACCGACAUGCUGGUCAAGCUCGACAGGAGGGUGCUCGACUGCCUGGUCGGCCUCGAGGACGAGUCGACGGAGGUGGCCGAGAGCGCGAGCCUCUACUCGCCGAGCGUCGAGCUCGGCGACGUGGUGCUGCCCGAGGCGGUGCGCACCAAGUUGCUCCGGAUGCUGACCAGCCACGGGCAGCUCAAGGCAUACAAUAAGCGGGUCGGCCUCUCCAAGGACAUCCCGCAGCCCGACGGGCUCGUGCUGCUGCUCUGCGGGCCGAGUGGGAGCGGCAAGACGAUGACGGCCAACGCGGUGGCGCGGCAGAUGGGCAAGAAGGUGCUGCUGGUCAACUUUCCGGUGCUCGCCCAGUCAACCAGGACGGCGGCGUCGACGGCGCAGUCGAUCUUCCGCGAGGCCGAGCUGCAGGGCGCAGUCGUCUUCUUCGACGAGUGCGAGUCGCUCUUCGCCAAGCGCAGCCACGGGGGCUCCUCAGAGAUGACCGAGCUCCUCACCGAGAUUGAGCGCUUCGACGGCGUGUGCUUCCUGGCCACCAACCGGCCGCAGGACUUGGACGAGGCGAUGUUCCGCCGCAUCCGCUGCGUCUUCGAGCUUCCCGCGCCAAAUCACGUCCAGCGGCUGCAGAUUUGGCGGCGGCUGACGCGGGCGGAGGGCAUUGCUCUCGCCGACGGCGUCGAGCUCGCCGAGAUCGCGGCCAAGUUCGAGAUGACGGGCGGGUACAUCCGGAACGCGGUGCUCGGGCGGGCUGUGGGGUCGG